CGCGCCGAGCGUCGUUCAGUGUGUAUCGUUCCAGAAGGUGAUUUGUGUACAUCGAAUCAGUGAGUUAAAAAUUUCCGCGAACUCGAAACGAACUAUCGUGUGUGCGUGACAGACGCGUGACAUUUCUUGCGCGGAGAGAGCGAAAAUACAGGAUUAAUUCAUUUGCAUCCAACGAUCAGGAACAAUUUAAGAUGGAGUAAAGGAAGGACAUUUGUUUCGUAGAUCGCAACGGAAGUCGUCGGUGAGAGUAAGGUCCGUGUAAAAGUGGCAGGAACACGCGUCGCCAUGGGUACCGUGUGUUGUGGCCUGCGGGUGUAGUGCGAACCCCGUAAUCGUGGGGAAGAAACGGACGAAACGAGAAAAAAAAACGGGAGAGAAAGGGCAGAAGAGAGAGAGAGAGAGAGAGAGAGAGGGGUGAGAGUGAAAGGAGCAGGAAGAAGAGGAACGUAGAACGCGUGGACAAGCGGGAUCGGCUAAACUUUGAAAGACUGCUCUUCUGUGGCUGACGACAAGGAUAGGGGUAGCAGAGGAAGAGAGAAAGAAUAAUGCGGACUCGUUGCUUCCGCUUUGAUCAACAGGACGUUCGGAUCUGCUCGUAAUUCUGCGAGGAGAUCUAACGAACGAACGGUGAGAUGACUCGAAGGAGAAGAGUGGCUUUCGGGUUAAGAGUAUGCACAGGUGUACUCCUGUUGCUCUUCAGCACCGUAGCUGCAGACACGACGAAAGGGCCACCGACGAGCUCAGAUAAAUCAUUCCCUAUCAAUGCAUCUCUAACAAUACCCCAAAAGAACAAAACAAUUCUAACAGAAUUUGUUUCCACCGAAGACAUAAAUGGAGCCAUUGAUUCGAAUCGAAAGAAUAUCGAAACAGUACACGGCGAACUUACUAAAGAUGUCAAAGCAGAAGACGAAGAGAAAGUGCCAAUGUCGAUCGACGAGGAGUCUGAGGUGCAGGAAAUUAGGUCGCCCGAUGAACUGGACAGGUUAUCGACCGCGAAUUCGACUGGAGGAUCGAAGUUGGGGGAGAUCCAUUAUGAGACUUCCGGAAAGAGUUCGAGCACGAAGACCGUCACUGAAGACUUCGUCAGACUAUCAAGGACAAACAGUUUAACUACAGUAACCGCAAAACCCGUGUCAGAAGAUGAGAAAAAGAAUAAAACGACGUCUGAGGAUGAUGUCAAACAGUCGAACAAAACUUCACCUUUGGCAGAUGAUAUGAAAGGUAAAAUUUCGAAAGAAUCUGCUUUGAAUUUGGAAACGGUUGAAUCAAACAUCGAGAAAGUUCAUUCGGAGCAGUUUCAAGAAAGGAGAAAAAAGGCUGAGCAUCUUAGUUCAACGAAGAACUCUGAAGUUCCGGAUUUGAAAGAAGCUGACGAGAAUAAAGAGGAGGGAUCUAUCUCGUUAAUCAACGACACGUACGUCAACUACAGCCCCUAUUACAAAACGUCGACGGAGAAGAACCUUGACUCAGGAAACCAAUCGAGGGCCUUUGAGAACGCGACCAACACCGAGGGUGGUGCAGUGACUCACGAGUCCCAAGAUCCCAAAGAGGAGGUGGAGGUUGUGGGAAACGUGACUCAGCCAGUGAUUCAAAGACUCGUGGAACAGCAGUCCCAAAGUUCAACGCUGAAAGACGUCAGCCCCGGUGAGAAUGAAUUGAGUCAGAGAUCGAAUCAGAACGAGGACCCUUCUCGUCAUUCCACGAAGGUCACCGAAGCAAUCGAACAACAAGAACUAAUCAGCGAGAAGAAUCAGCAGAAAUUAGUGCAGAUUACGACUGAAAGGACGAAUCAUGAAGAGACGACCCUUCAGGCACCUUCUAGUCCCGUUCCUAGGGGAAGAACUAUCGCUUUCUCGGGAGUCAAUGAAUUUCCCAAUUCGGAGACGAAGCCUACAACAUCUUUAAAAUUGGAUACUUUGUUCUCAAAGAACAUCAGCACUGAUAAACCUUAUCCUUACGUGAAGUCAUCCAUCAUUGAACCGCUUCAUAAUUCUAGCAACCAGCUGGACAUCACCACCGAGGAGGUGUCUGCCCUGCAGAAUACCAUUGGUAGAGGGGGAUCAGAUGAGAAGUUUAUCGUUACCGAAGCGUCGGAUGUUUUGGAAAACAGCAUUCAACAGUUCAAACCGACCUACUACGAGAAACCCAGCAACGAAUCUUCAAGCACGGAAGCACGUUCGUCCAUACCGGUAACGACUCAGACCUCGGUGACGCUGAAAGAAGCCAAUCCGACCAAUAAGACUGUCAUCAAAUCAAUCGACCAGAAGGAGAUCGCAAAGUCCGAGGAAAAGGUGAAAAACGCGGGAAAUAACAUUCCUCGGUGGAGCGAAGGCCACGAAGCGAAGGAGAGCUUCGAUGUGACCGGCAACCGCAUCACGGAAGUCAGCCUAAAGCCGGAAAACGUCGAUGAGCGGACUUACCAGUUUCUGACAACGGAAUCUACCGCGGACCCGCAGACGGAGCUCGGAGUAUUUUCGAACGUCGACGUGCAGACGAAUGCCGAGGGGUCUAUGCUGACUCGCUCGAGCCUCAAUGCCACGGAACUUUCUACCGAAUACCCGUUGAUCAAAGGGAAUUUUUCAGAGAAGUCGUCGGUUUCCCUCUCCCCUUCGGACACCACCACUAUCAGAACAACCGAGAGCGCUACUAUGCUGCCCCCCACCACAGCUGCCGGCACCGAGGAAACGUCCGCAGGGAACGUCACCGAGCUUCCUGGACUUCCUGACACCAAUGGAACGAACGAAAUCCCUUCCGGGGCAAGUGGUACUUCUAGCCAGGAAGAAAUUUUUGUACCCACCACCACCAGCGUCGAAUACGAGUUUGUUGGUCUCUCCGAAUCUACCACUUUUCUCAGCAGAAACGUAACCGAGGAAACUUCAGAGGGACAUGGGGCGCACAGUGGAAUUUCCACGAUCCUGCCGUCGUUCACGAAAAAUUCUUCGAAUGAUUUUUCUACGAUAACUGGCGAAACGACUACAGAUAACCUUUUAUCCACUGAUGAGAUCGAAGUGACUAGUACUGAUGAUAGAGUUUCUAGCGUCCCAAUGACUGACCCAACUGUUGUUGCAACUACAUUGCCUAAUUUGACGACACAGUCCGAUGAUUUUACCACUGACUCGGGGAUUAUUGAGACUGAACAAACUUCUACUAGGAGGGAGGAGGAAGUUCAGAAGACGAUUAGCGUUACAGAGUCUUGGUCUACUAGUGAUAGGGACACUACGAUUAAAAUAGAAUAUACAACUUUACCGGAUUCUAAAGACGCUAAUCUGGUGUUGAAUAUUACGGAAACCUCUGCAGAAUUCACGACGAUGUCGGACAUUAGCUCGACAGAUACUACUCGAGUGACUACUCCUAUCCCUUUUAUCCCGAGUCUGCAACCGAAGAUCCCCAUAUCGAGUACCGUAGCUCCUCCAGCUGUUUCCGACAUACCGAUUAGAGUGACAGACGACACGAAGGUGGCGCCCACUCAAGUAGAGGUUACCUCUCUGGUCCGCAUUGUUAUGGAAGGCAGCCUAUACGACGUGUGUCUCAAGAAGAAGGAGCUGAAGUCGGCCCUUGCGGAAAUUUUAAAUACUGGCAUGAACAAGUCGAUAUCUGACGAGCAAAUUAUCAUUCAUCAAGAUCCAUGCCAGGAAUCUCCGACUUCGACUCCAACAACAUCGGACAUGACAUCAAUACUCGUUUACGUCGUUGACAAAGAUGGAAAAUUGGAUACUGCUAUGACUAACAUUUUGCCGACCUUGUACAAAAGUUCUCAUGUGAAGUUCCCAAUUACAAUACACAGCUUUCUUCUGGUACAGGAAACAAUUCCGGACUCCGGAAACGCGAUAGCAGUCGUCGUGGUCUCCUCGAUUGCCUUCAUUUGUCUGGUUCUACUGGCUGGUCUUCUGUUUAUAAUGAGGAAGAGGCAAACGAGGUUCAACUACGGCGAACGAUGUCGUCCAGUGUCUUUGGACGCUUAUAGUCUUGACAGUGUCUCUGCAUAUAACAGCGUUAGACGAAAAGGUGUGGCACGCUCGUCGAAAAGAAGCUAUGGGAAUCCUACCUUCGAAGAUUCGAGUGCGAUACCGUCCCAUCCCUUGAAUUUCGCCGGGCUUUCAUCUUUCUGUAACGACGUUAAUGCAAUCAACGAAGAAUUCUCCAACAUUCCGCAAGUUUCGGCGAAGAUAGACGAGAUGCCAACCGGCGCGGAAGUGAAGAACCGAUACGCGAACGUGAUACCACUUCCGGAGACUAGGGUGCCUUUGCAAAAAAUCAACAACGAUCCCCUUUCGGAAUACAUCAACGCUAGUUACGUUAGGGGACCAAAGAAUGCCACGAGAUAUUACAUCGCUUGUCAAGCACCAAUGGACUCGACCGUCACUGACUUCUGGAGAAUGAUCUGGGAACAACAGUCCAAAGUGAUUAUAAUGUUAACCGAUCUCGUUGAAAACGGGGUAGAAAAGUGUACUGAAUACAUUCCGCCCUCGGAAAUAACCGACUGCCACCGGUUGUACGGUGACUUCCAAGUUACUCUGAAGAAGAGGGAAACCAAAGAGAAAUAUGCCAUUUCUACGCUUCAUUUAAAAAAUUUGGAGAACAACACGUUCCGAGAAGUGUACCAUAUUUGGUAUUUGUGGCCUGUCAAUGGGGCGCAAUCAGAUGGAGCAGGGUUAAUAGCUGUGCUUCUUGAAGCAAGAGCACUCCAAAGGGGUGGUCCUGGACCCAUUGUGGUCCACUGUAGUCCCGGUACUGGACGCACCGGAACGUUAAUAGCUCUUGACCUAGGAAUUAGACAAUAUGAGAUUACGAGGACUGUGGAUGUGCCAAGGGUCGUUUACACUAUCAGACGAGACCGCGCUGGAGCUGUCCAGACGAAAGAACAAUAUGCUUUUGUUUACAAGGCAUUACAUUUGUACGCGACCAAACUUGCCGGCGGUAUAUUAGAAUCAACAUGAACGACUGCAGAUUAAAAGGACAUCUAAGUCCUAACAAAAAACUACUGUAUCCAUAAAGGGUAUUCAUACCAGCGAAGAUGACGAAGAAAUGCGAGAUGAGGGGAGAUACAAGAUGCCAACAAUAUUUGGAUAAAGAAAUAAUGAUAAUUGAGCGAUGGAAGUUGAUUUGUGAUACGUGGACCAUAGCGACGAACAAAUUUCGCUUUGAUUCUUUGCUUAGCCCUCUCGAUAUUUGAAUAUUUCACCAAGAAAUACGAAACCUGCGUUACCGUCUGUUUUGUCCCUUUUUUUGUUGUUAUCAGUGUUACUAUCAAUUAAUAUUUGGAUUUCUUUUAAUUUUUCAUCUGAAUCUUACAGUUUUCGAUAUACAGUAAACUCUCGCUAUAUUACCACUCUUUAUAUUGCUGGCUGGGCGAAUUUUCAUUCACACAAGUUAGUGAUGCUUUUCCACUAUUGUAGACAUAGAAAUAAUUCACACAUGAACAGACCUGUCUAUAUUCCCAAUUCCACAAAUUUUCCACCCCUACAGGCUAUAUAGCAAGAGUUUAUUGUAAUUCUAAACAUUUCAUAAAUGUGGUAUUUUACUUAGAAUUUAACACAAACAUAUUUAAAUUAUUAUGUUUAAAAUUUACAAGAUGAAUUCAUUAUACAUACAAUUAUAUAACAACUUAUUUUCUAAAUUAAAAUAUGAGCUAAAUGAAUUUAAAUAUAAUUUUAGAUUACAAAAGAAAUUUUUUUAAGUGUUAAUAUCUUUAAUUAAAUUUGUGAAAUUGCUAAACGAUUAAUCUGACCAAAAGAAAAGGACAAACUGAAAGAUUGUUUCAUUCAAAACGAAACUAUGAAUCGAGAGAUAGAAAUUAAUUUGUGAUAUCCGGACCAUCCGUCGACGAUAUUCAAGUUCGUAUUUCGUAAAAGUCUUUUUACCGUAGAUUUCGUCUCCUUUGUCCAUAUUAUAAUAUACAUAUAUAUAAUAUAUAUAUACAUUGUGUAUACACAUAUAUUUAUGAAUAAUAAGGUAAUUAAGCAUAGUUAGAUAUUUAAUGUUGAUAUCAUGCGUUCGUAGUUGGUAGAAUGAAUUCCUGAAAGGCUGUCGUGAAGGAAUUAUUUCUUGAAUAAAGUAUCAAGGCAUUGUACGACGUAAGCAAAGUCUUUAAUCGAGAAUUAUAUGUAUUUUUUAUCAUUUAAUGUUGUAAAAAGAAGUACGUAUAAGCGCGUGUAUUAAUUAUUCUUUAGUCGUUUAUUAACAACGUUACGUUCGUCAGGAUCCAAAGCGAUUACAGUGUUCUUCUUCUUUCUCUUUUCUGUUCCGAACGACCUGUAGGUAUUAUUAUUGUUAUUGUUAUUGUUGUUGUUGUCAUUGUACAAAUGUUUUGAUUCAUAGCAGUUCGCUCUCUAUAAUUGUACAUAGAAACCAGUUUGGAAACAUGAUUAAUUAAUUGUAUCUAUUUAAUUCGUUAUUUCAUUUCGUUUGCAAAUUGUUCGAUUUUUGGUGAAUGGAAAAUAAUACUAAAUUCUUGUGGAAAAUAGACACGACAAGUUUAGCACCACUUUCUAAUGACUUUGAACACAGUUAAAGAAUGCCUUGAUUUAUUCCAUUUUUGUUAAUUGUGUUAAAAAUUGUUAUGCUGCUUCUGUAAAUUGUCGAGCAUUCAUUUUAAACUAGGAUUUUUAUUUAAAUUGGCAAAUGAGACGUUACUGAUUAAACAUUUGAGAUCACUUAAUUCAGUGUUACAGUGGUGUCACUAGGAUCUUUUUUCUGAGGUGGGACAGGUUGCUUAGAAAUUUAGAAUUUUUAAAUUAAAAAAAUUCUUAAGUUUUGUAAUUCUAGAAGUUUAGAAUUUAAAAAUUUUGAGAAUGGUAAGGAAGCAGUGCACUUGUUUUGUUAAGGAAGGCAAGCCCACCUUGACACUUACCUAGUUACCACAAUGUUUCUGCCCGCACCAAAAAUAUUUUUAGUUUACACUUGAAUUUUCUCAUUUAUUUAUAGAGAAAAAUGUAAUAGUUAAUUUAAUUUAUAAGAAAAGCUCGAUAGUUGACAAUUAUUAAUGAGCAAAUUUGUGAGUUAAGAAAAUAAUGUUUGCAUUAUAUUUAAUAUGGCUAGUGUUCACUGUGAAAAAAGAAAUAGAAUUUUCAAUCUAAAGUAAUAUAUAAUUGCUAACCCCUUGCAAUUAAUUUUUAAUAAAAAUAUGAAUCAAAAUAUUAGAAAAAAGUGGUCUCAAACUGUUGAUUGGUAGUGUAAAUGAUCUUUAACAAUUUCUUUUGUUAAAAUUAAACAUCAUAGAAUAUAUAAUUUUCUGUACAGAUUUUUUGUAAUGUAAUUAUAAAGGUUGUAUCAACCUUCAUAAUUCAGUAACUUCAUAAACCACUGCUUAUCUUAUUAAUAACCACAGAAAUGAAACACGAAUGAAUUUCGAUAAAUCGUUGCUCAUGUUACCAAUCAAGAAAGGUAAUUAUUGUAAGAAGUCAUUAUAAAAAUAUGAUUAAUUAUAAAUAAAAGAUAGUCGCACACAAAAUGAAAAAUAGUGUUGAAGAAAUCAAAAGAAAUACAACAAAAUGUAAUAAUAAUUGAAU